AUGGAGAUUAUUGCAUUGCGAAAAGCGUUCCCUGCAAUCGAAAACGCCGAGGACAGUAUCUUAGCCAUGGCCGCUUGGUUUCACUUCCUUUGCAAUAUCGAUGACGAAAUCGAACGAAUGGACAGUCUAGAAAGAAAUUUGGUACUUGGACGAAUCAUCGAAGCGCUGCACGCUAUGACGUUAGAUCAACCCCAUCUGACGGAACAUAUCAAGCCACUGCGGAGUAUCAAAGAUAUCUUUAAGAGGGUGGAAAUGAGCUCGCAUCGCAAAAUUCUGCUCACGACGCAGAAAAGGACGGCCAUCAACAGUGAUCCAGGAGCAUUUUCUAAUAUUGUGAGUCAAGUGCGGAUGAUGGGCCAUGAUCUCGCGAAGAACGACCAUGUAAAAGCACUCGCACUCGCAAGUAGCUUCAUUCGGCAAUGCCAAGUGGUCUUGUCCCCUCGAGCUCUUCCAAAGGUCUUUACCGAGGUUGUCAACGUGCUAGAAGCACUGAAGGAGGAAUCCGCUUACCUGGACAGCAGAGAUGUCAACAAGCAAGUCAAGCUGGCUUGA